AUGGCUGCUGAGAACUCAGGCUCCACACACAUCCCUGUCAAGACAUUUUCCUACAGGUGGACCAUUACCAACUUCUCCAUUUGCAUGGAGGGAAUGACAGAACCCAUUGCAAGUGCGACUUUCUCUUCAGGACCCUAUGACAAACACAAAUGGUGUUUAAGAGUGCACCCCAAUGGAAUCGAUGAAGAGGGCAAAGACUACCUGUCAGUUUACCUAGUGUUGCUCAGCUGUUCAAUAAGCCCAGUUUGGGCAAAGUUUCAGUUUUGGAUCAUCAACAACCAAGGAGAAAAAUGCCAUGAACUGUCGAGCCAAAGCCUUUUCAGGUUCCUGCCUGGCAGCGAGAGUGGAUUCAAACGGUUCAUCCGGAAAGAUUUCCUCUUAUUACAAGCAGAAUUUCUUCUCCCUGGGGACAGUCUCACCCUUCUAUGUCAAGUGACCAUGAUUCCAGAGUCCUGCAACGUUGGUAGACUGAACACGGCCUCAGCAAUCAAGGUCCCAAAGUGCACAUUGAGAGAUGAGCUAGGUGAGCUGUGGGAGAAUUCCCUCUUCACAGACUGCUGCCUGGUAGUAGGUGAUCAGGAAUUCAGGGCUCACAAGGCCAUCUUAGCAGCUCGCUCUCCAGUUUUCAGAGCCAUGUUUGAACAUGAAAUGGAGGAGAAGCAAAAGAACCGAGUUGAGAUCCACGACAUGAAACCAGAAGUCUUCAAGGAGAUGAUGACCUUCAUUUACACGGGGAAGGUGCCAAACCUCUACACCAUGGCUGCUGGAGUGCUGGCAGCUGCUGACAAGUAUGGCCUGGAACACUUGAAGGUCCUGUGUGAGGAUGCCCUCUGCAGGGACCUCUCAGUGGAGAAUGUGGCUCAUACUCUGUUCCUGGCUGACCUAUACAGUGCAGAGCAGCUCAAAAUGCAGGCACUGGAUUUCAUCACAGAGUAUGCUUUUGAGGUCUCUGAGACCUCAGAGUGGAAUGCGAUGGUGGUUUCCCAUCCACACUUGCUGGCUGAAGCAUUCCGCUCCCUGGCUUCUGCCUAGGAGCCUCCUAGCAAACAGCUGGUGAGAUGGUAGCACCUGGUUAGUCGUGACCUACACCUGUCCUCCAGAAGCAGCAGCCAGUGUUGUUACCAGUGACUCCUGCAUUGACUAAGGGUUGCUGCUGCAUUUACAGUGAAUCUGGGGAAGGACAGCAUGGUGGCUCAAGAUUUCACACAGCUGGGAACACGUUGGAAUGAUGCCUGGGUGAGCAGCCCUGGACUCUGGUGCACUCUACCUAACAUCUACCUCUUUUAAUUUUGUCUCAUGAAUUGGAAACUGCGAUUCAACUUAGUUGCUUGCCACAAACAUAUCCUAACAGGGUUUUUGCUUGUGUGUUUGUUUGUUUGUUUGUUUUGAGGGGCACCUGUCUGUAUUGGGCUGAGUGAAACACAAGACAAGGGGCUCAGAGCAAAGGUGAAAACAAACAUGAACAUGUGAAAGACUUUUACUUUCCAAAAUUCAGUUUGUGGGUACUGGAGAGAUAACUAGUUUGACAUAAGUGAGAGUUGCUCUUGCAACUGGAAAAGCUGGACAGUUGUCAGCAUCCAUGGGAGAGUUUUCAUCCAUCAGUAACUGGACAUUGAGCAGACCUGAGACAGUUUGUCAUUGCCAAGGUCACAUCUUCCUCUGUAGACAAAACCUGACAAUUAAAAUGAUGAAAUCGG